GCAGAGCGCGCGGGCCGGGGGGGCCGGUGGCGGAGGCUGAAGCUGGGGCGGCGGCGGCGCAGGUGGCAGCAGCAGCCGAGCUCGGGUCUGUGUCGGUGCAGGGCGGCGGCGCGCCGGGAUGGACACGCUGGGCAGGAAGGUGGUGGUGUGCGACAAUGGCACCGGGUUUGUCAAAUGUGGCUAUGCAGGCUCAAACUUCCCAGAGCACAUUUUUCCAGCCUUGGUUGGCAGACCCAUCAUAAGAUCAACUGCUAAAGUGGGAAACAUUGAAAUCAAGGAUCUGAUGGUUGGUGAUGAAGCAAGUGAACUGCGCUCGAUGCUGGAAGUGAAUUAUCCCAUGGAGAACGGCAUCGUCCGGAACUGGGACGAUAUGAAGCACCUCUGGGAUUACACCUUUGGACCAGAGAAACUUAACAUUGACACAAAAAAUUGUAAAAUUCUGCUCACAGAACCUCCCAUGAAUCCAACUAAAAACAGGGAGAAGAUUGUGGAGGUUAUGUUUGAGACAUACCAGUUUUCUGGGGUGUAUGUUGCCAUCCAGGCUGUUCUUACUUUGUAUGCUCAAGGUUUGUUGACUGGUGUUGUUGUGGACUCUGGAGAUGGUGUAACUCACAUCUGCCCGGUUUAUGAGGGUUUCUCUCUCCCUCACCUCACCAGACGGUUAGAUAUUGCCGGGAGGGAUAUCACAAGGUAUCUCAUCAAGCUGCUCUUACUCCGAGGCUACGCUUUCAACCACUCUGCUGACUUCGAGACUGUUCGCAUGAUCAAGGAGAAGCUGUGUUACGUGGGGUACAACAUUGAGCAGGAGCAGAAGCUGGCAUUAGAGACCACAGUACUAGUUGAAUCCUACACGCUCCCAGAUGGCAGGAUUAUCAAAGUUGGUGGAGAACGGUUCGAGGCACCUGAGGCCCUCUUCCAGCCUCACUUAAUCAAUGUAGAGGGGGUUGGUGUGGCUGAGUUGCUGUUUAACACCAUCCAGGCUGCUGACAUUGAUACCAGGUCUGAAUUCUACAAGCACAUUGUGCUGUCUGGAGGGUCCACCAUGUACCCAGGGCUGCCUUCUCGACUGGAGCGAGAACUGAAACAGCUUUACCUGGAACGGGUCCUGAAAGGAGAUGUUGAAAAGCUCUCGAAAUUUAAGAUCCGGAUCGAAGAUCCCCCCCGCCGAAAGCACAUGGUGUUUUUGGGGGGUGCAGUCCUGGCAGACAUCAUGAAAGACAAAGACAACUUCUGGAUGACCCGACAAGAAUACCAAGAGAAGGGAGUGCGUGUGCUGGAGAAGCUGGGUGUGACUGUUCGAUAAAGCCCACAGCUCGUUCCCAUCACGUGGCUAAAGCUUUCUGGUUGGUUGGGUUGGUUUGGUUUGGGGUUUGUUUUGUUUUGUUUUGUUUUCCUUUCAUUGCCAAUCUCUGAACUCACUCAGCUACAUGCUAUGGAAAGGGCCUGGCUGUGGCCUUCUGACCCGAAGGGCAGGUUUUGUUCUGGUUUCUCGGGGUAGCUUUUGUUAAACGUUUCUUAAUGUGGCUCAAUUUGACUAUUAAAUUUGACCACUUCCCUGCAAACAAAACCGAGCAAGAGCAGCCUGUCUACUUCAUUGUUCCUGCCCAGUAGGCAACUGGGUAAUUCUGGGAGGCUUUUUUUUUUCCCUUCUAGGUUUAUUGCUGUAGUGCUGCUAGCUUUUUGUCUCUAGUUCACAAGGGGUUGUGUGCCUUUUUUAGCAUAAGAAAACCUUGAAACAGGGAGGGUUUGCUAUUGGAUCACUGCAGUGGUUAUCUUUGCAUCUUUUGGGUUGUUUGGUUGGGGUUUUUUUAACUGCCUCUCAACAGUUAAGAUUUUGUUUGUUUUCUUUCUUGAAAUCAGACACUUUGAUUAAACAUUGUUAGAACUUAGUUUUAACUAGCUGGAAUGGCUUUGACACACUGUUUUGAUGUAAUGUGGUUCCAAAUGCACUGCUGCCUAAACUGGCCUCUGGGGUGGAAGAUCUGCAAGGUGGUGGUGGGGCUUUCAUACUGUCUUUCUCUGAAGUGGGCAUAUUCACAAUUGCCACAGAGGGUGAAAUGCCAUUGCUGGCUAGUGGCAAUUUUUUGCCUUAGGUGUGUUGUCUUCUAGAGGAGACAGGUUUGAGCUAUGUUGCUUUUCUGUGAAGGGACAGGCUGGUGGGGGUUGGGGUGUGUCAGUCUGAUCAAAAAUGCCUCUUUUUUCAUAGCUAAAUUUUGGUACUGUGUUGUUUCAGCUUAGAGAAGCAAGAAUGUUAAAUAAAUCCUUCUGUUAAUUGUUGGGGGGGGAAAAAAAGAACCACAGUGGCUAAGACAGGAGCCUCUAAACUCCUGAAGAGAUUUAAUACUUUGAAGAAAUGUUUGUGAAAACUCUAACUGUAGAUAUCACCCCACCCCCUCCAGGAAAAAAACAACCACCUUAAGUUUUAAGAAGUUCCAUGAUUUAAGUGCUUGUAUGUCCAUCAGAAGCACUUCCAUUAAACUUUUAGAAGUAUGUUAACCUAGUGCCAAGUAGUUCCUGCAAAUGAAUAUUUCAAUGAGCAGUGUUUAUUCCAGCAAGCAGCUAUUUAUAAACAACCCCUGGCAGUUAGGUUAGAAAGAAUGACCUAUAUUUGUUCCAGUUUAAAAUAACCUUGGGGGUAUGAGAUGUUGUUGGUUGGUAAAUAUUCACAAUUCAUUUUGUCCACUCUUGGGUUUGUUUGGGGUUUUGGUGUGGUUGGUUUUUGGUUUUUUUUUUCUUUUUUUGGAUACUUUAACAUGGGAUGGGGAAGGAAGUGAAAACCAGUGAUGAAAAUGCUGUUUCCAGAAAGUACAUUAAAGAAGAGUUGUUCUGAAAAAGAGAAGUUGUCACUAGUAAUUCUCAGCCAUCUUCUUCCGAGUGGAGUUGCCUGUGUUUUCUUCCUGCUAGCAGACUGUCUCUGCAAUAAAAUCUGCCUUAGAGCAAAAGCUGCUUGCAUCCAAAUGCCACUUAGGCAUUAGCUCUUACUUUGCUUUUCAUGGCAAUAUAGUCUGUCACCUCUUACUGGUUUUCCAAGCCUACCCUAAGACUGAAGUGUAAGGAAGUUAAGAUCUGCUUUUGACUUCCAAACCUUGGAAUGUAUGAGAGAUGCUUUUCAUCUACUUGCCAUUUGUCUGCAUUUUUACAUCAACAAUUGACCCCAGGAGCGUGGAAAUAUUAAACUCCUUUUGGACUCUCCAAAUGUGCUUUCUUUCUAAAUCAGGCAGACAGCUUCCUUUGGGCUGAGCAGAAGCCAUGUCUGCAUUUCUUUAAUAACAAGACACUUGCUGUAGUACUGCUAGUGAUGAGCAUUUAAUUAUAGGUGGGUGGGUUUGGUGGGGUUUUUUUGCAGCUAUAUUUACUCUUAACUUGGACAAUAUUAAAUUUACAGGCAUGCUGGUCAUGCCUCAGUGCAUGCACUUCAGCAAUUACUAGAUUUUUGGGGACAUGAAUGUAAGGGGUGCUCUGAAUUCCUGUAGUCUUUUGAACAUUUAAUAGACAAGACUUAAAAAUGCUUGGGAGGGGCUCGCUUUAGAGCUGUGGUUCCUCAUGUGGCUGUCUCUGGGCUCUUCAGGCAGUGCUGAGAAUCAUGGAAAUAAACCAAAGAGUAACUUUAAAGCUUUUUUUUUAAUGACAAUCUGUCUUGUGGUUUUUUUUUUUUUUCAAUCUUCUUGGUUUCCAAGUCUACACCAUGACCUUGCAACCCCCUUUUCUAAACCACCUUCUCUCCUGCUUAUCGGCUUCGGGUAGGUACGGGCACAUCUGAGUAAAGCUGCUGGAGUUUGGCCCUUUCACACUCAAGAACUCCACAGCACCACGAGUAAUAAACAUCAGUUGAUUGUGCAGAACCUUGGGUAUCCAUGGGAACCAUGUAUAUAUUAGGGGGUGGGGGGGAAAAGGCAACGAGUAUUUGAAAUGACAGUUAGCAAGCAUCCAGAAGCACCACAUACAUCAUCCAAGCACCAAAUGGGCUGUUCCAGUUGUGGUUCUCCACCUGUGUUUUCUGCACACAGAAGAGUAUAUGUGUGUGUGUUCUCUUCAAUGUUGCUGUGAAAGCAGUCUGGUUUUAAAGUGGUGUUGGGUGUUUUGGAGGUUUGGGGCUUUUUUGGUCCUUUUGAUGAUUAUGAUUAUUUUUUCCUGAAGACCAAAUAACUUGAGUUGUAUUUGCAGUACGCUUCAGCUCCUAUCAGAUCAGCAUAGAAGAUGCCACAUCAGUUGUAAGGGUGUUUGGGUUUUUUUUGUUGUUGGGGAACAUCCUAUUUUUUUUAAUGUUAAGCUGCUUCUAAGCCUCCCCACCCUCCAAUGUCAUAGGAUGUUAACCAGUGUACCACUUUUUUAUACAGUUCUGAAUAAUGUUGCCACACCACACUGGUGGAGGUCACCAGGAAUGGAAAUAAACAGCUCUUUAAAUGGACAGCUCUCUUCAAUGCAAAAAAAUAAAAGCAAGAGUUGGUUUUCAAAGUA